UUAUUACGUUGUGCAACUUCAAAGUGCAAUCAGUUUCUCACUUCAUUCGUUUGGAACUGGUUGGAGUUUUGUGUUUUUGUUUGGCCAGUGUUAUUUUGCUGUAAAUGAAUUUCGUUCACUUCUAAAGAUUGACACAGGAACCCCGUAUUUGCAUGUGCAUUAAUUAACUAACUGCGGUACUUCGAAUUUAAAGACAUUAACAGGAACGAGCUGAAGAGAUGGUAUCUGCAAAUGCAAAUCAAUUGCGCUACGAUGGUCGUGUGGUUAUCGUUACCGGUGCCGGUGCAGGUUUAGGCCGUGAAUAUGCGCUGCUUUUUGGUAGUCGUGGUGCGAAAGUAGUGGUCAAUGAUUUGGGUGGAAAUUUUCACGGUCAAGGAAAAUCAAAUGCGGCCGACAAUGUUGUAGCUGAAAUUCGAGCUGCCGGGGGAACUGCCGUACCGGAUUACAAUUCGGUGGUAGACGGCGAUAAAAUUAUCCAAACAGCAAUGGAAGCGUUCGGACGGGUGGACAUUCUGAUCAACAACGCUGGUAUUUUGCGAGAUAAAAGUCUAGCUCGGAUUUCAGACGAGGACUGGAAUUUAAUUCAGGACGUGCAUCUGAAGGGAAGUUUUGUCACCACACGGGCGGCUUGGCCGAUUAUGAAGAGGCAGAAUUAUGGUCGCAUUAUUAUGACUUCGAGUAAUUCCGGUGUGUAUGGAAAUUUCGGCCAAGCUAAUUACAGUGCGGCAAAGCUGGGUUUGGUGGGAUUGGCAAAUACUGUUGCGAUAGAGGGCGAAAAAAAUAAUAUACACUGUAACGUGAUCGUACCAACUGCAGCUUCGAGAAUGACUGAAGGCAUUUUGCCAGAGAUAUUGUUCAACGAACUGAAACCUAAACUGAUAGCACCGGUCGUUGCCUAUUUAUGUCACGAAAGCUGCGAAGAUACCGGUUCUGUUAUUGAAAGUGCUGCUGGCUGGGCAACGAAAGUGCACUUUGUGCGCGGAAAGGGUUGCAUUUUGCGUACUUCCAUCGGCGAUGUUGUUAGUCCCGAAUACGUCCAGAAGGUGUGGAGCAAAGUAACUGAUAUGUCCAAUGCCACUCAUCUGAACGCGAUUGGCGAGGCCAGUCUGACACUGGUAGACGUUCUGGAAAAGCUACGUGACGGCCAAAACAAUGAACAGUCGAUCACGGAUACGUACAAGUUUAACUUUAAGGACGUCAUCCUGUAUGCCUUAGGAGUUGGGGCCUCAGUAACAGAUGAAAAUGAUUUGCGAUUCUUAUAUGAAAAUCAUCCAGAUUUCUCUGCACUUCCCACGUUUUUCAUUCUGCCUGGUUUACUAUCAGUGAUGGGCUCCAAUCUGACUGCUUCUGCAAUUUCUCAUGCGAAUUUUGACUUGACUAAUAUUUUGCAUGGUGAACAAUACAUCGAAUUAUUUGACUCAGUCCCAACUGAGGGCAUGCUGACCACGACAUCGUCUGUGAUCGAAGUUUUAGACAAGAAAUCGGGCGCUCUGGUGAUUACGCAGUCUGAUUCGUACGAUGACAAUGGCACUCUAAUAGCCCGGAACCAAAGCAGCACCUUUGUGGUCGGUGCAGGAAAUUUCAAUGGAAAAACUAAACCAGGUCCAGAAGUGAAACCGCUUGUACCAAAUCCGAAGCGCUCGCCGGAUGCAUCCGUUCAGAUUAAAACCAAUCGGGACCAAGCUGCACUGUAUCGACUAUCUGGGGAUCUGAAUCCCAUGCAUAUCGACCCGAGCUUCUCAGCAAUCGCCGGGUACAAGAUACCGAUUCUGCAUGGUUUGUGCACUAUGGGUAUUUCGGUGAGGUCGGUCCUGAAGCAGUAUGGGGAUGACGAUUCCAGUUACUUCAGGUGUGCCAAGGUUCGCUUUUCGAAGCCCGUUCUACCAGGACAAACGCUGCGCAUUGAUAUGUGGAAGGAGCCAAACAAUCGGGUCUGUUUCCGUACGGUUGUUGUGGAAACUAAUACGGAGGUAUUGUCGGGUGCGUACGUUGAUUUGAAGAAAAUUGUCGUCAAACCGAACAUGACCGCUGCAUCUAAUCUGCAAAGCGAUGCCGUAUUCGCCGGAAUCAAGGAACGCGUAGCGGAGAACGAAGCCAAGGCAAAAGCAAUCAACGCAGUAUUUCUGUACAAAAUCACAGAUUCUGGCAAAGUUGCAAAAGAAUGGGUAUUGGACUUGAAAAAGGCUUCAGUAUACGAAGGCCCUGUGCAAGGAAAAGCCGACACGACGAUGACCAUCUCCGAUAGCGACAUGGUAGAUUUGGCGCUAGGUAAGCUUCAACCACAAACCGCCUUCAUGAAGGGAAAGCUAAAAAUUACCGGCAAUAUUAUGUUGGCCCAGAAGUUGGCACCGCUACUGAAGACGGAAGCGAAACUUUGAAGUGCUUCAUUAUACAGGUAUAUACGCCAAGUGUAUACAAUACGCACUUUGUAACAUUCUUAUGGUUACCUUAUUUUAAGCAUCAUUGUGGUAUAUGAUACAUAUAGAAUUGGUUAUUUUCUAUUCUGCAUGUGGGUUGGGAUAAUAAAAUGAUUCAGAAGAUGA